AUGCCUGCUUUAAAUAAAGGAAACUAUAUCACCUUUUCUGUUGAACCCUUUAGUCUACCCCUUCCUCUUUCAGUUGGAGCAUUAGUUGUUGCUCUUGGGCCAGCAAUUUGUGUUGAUGUUGGUGCAGCAGCAGGGACAACAGUUUAUGUUGAUGUUGGUGCAGCAGCAGGGACAACAGUUUAUGUUGAUGUUGGUGCAGCAGCAGGGACAACAGUUUAUGUUGAUGUUGGUGCAGCAGCAGGGACAACAGUUUAUGUUGAUGUUGGUGCAGCAGCAGGGACAACAGUUUAUGUUGAUGUUGGUGCAGCAGCAGGGACAACAGUUUAUGUUGAUGUUGGUGCAGCAGCAGGGACAACAGUUUAUGUUGAUGUUGGUGCAGCAGCAGGGACAACAGUUUAUGUUGAUGUUGGUGCAGCAGCAGGGACAACAGUUUAUGUUGAUGUUGGUGCAGCAGCAGGGACAACAGUUUAUGUUGAUGUUGGUGCAGCAGCAGGGACAACAGUUUAUGUUGAUGUUGGUGCAGCAGCAGGGACAACAGUUUAUGUUGAUGUUGGUGCAGCAGCAGGGACAACAGUUUAUGUUGAUGUUGGUGCAGCAGCAGGGCCAACAGUUUGUGUUGAUGUUGGUGCAGCAGCAGGGCCAACAGUUUGUGUUGAUGUUGGUGCAGCAGCAGGGCCAACAGUUUGUGUUGAUGUUGGUGCAGCAGCAGGGCCAGAAGGAGGUCUUGAACUUGGUCCAGCAGCAGGUCUUGAACUUGGUCCAGCAGUAAAGCUUGUGCCAGAAGCAGGCCUUCCUGGCAUCUUCCUAACAGGAG